AUGUCAGGUGGUAAAGGUAAAGCCGGUUCAUCCGAAAAAGCAUCAACUUCCAGAUCUUCCAAGGCUGGUUUGACUUUCCCAGUCGGUAGAGUCCACAGAUUGUUAAGAAAGGGUAACUACGCUCAAAGAGUUGGUUCUGGUGCCCCAGUCUACUUGACUUCUGUCUUAGAAUACUUGGCUGCUGAAAUCUUGGAAUUGGCUGGUAACGCUGCCAGAGACAACAAGAAGUCCAGAAUUAUCCCAAGACACUUGCAAUUGGCCAUCAGAAACGAUGAAGAAUUGAACAAAUUGUUGGGUCACGUCACCAUUGCACAAGGUGGUGUUUUGCCAAACAUUCACCAAUCCUUGUUGCCAUCCAAGAAGGCUGUCAAGCCAGGAAACAAAGGAACGGGCAUUUCUCCGUUCAUACCCUUCCCAUCGCCUUUGGCCUCGGCAUCUGCUAUCAACAAGGUUUGGUAUGUUGUGCUCAAGGUGGUGAUGUUCGUCACAAGAAUUCCAUUGAUUGUACUUCUUGGCCUUGCAUACUUCGUCACUUCACUGAAUGCCCUCUUGAGAUUCGUGCUACUUGUGUGCUUUGGUCUUGACAAACUAGACGUUCUAGUAGAUGGUAUCAAGCGUUCCAAUACUACUGCCAUCAAUGCAACCCUUCCCAAAAUCAACGAUUUGGUUGUUGUCAAUUACAUUUCACCAAUUGACGGAUUUAUUUAUGCUCUUUUGGCAGGCAUUUCUUGGAGAAAGAUCAUCAUUGUAAUUCCUGAUAACAAGGGACAAUUCUACAUCCAUUCGAUUUGGUCUUUGUUCAAGAAUACUUUUUCCAUUUCUCCACUCGGAACUGCCACCAAGCUCGAUUUGAAUCAGUAUAAAGAUAAGGUCGUCUUCUUACUUCUUGAAGGCACUCCAUCCAACAACAAGGCGGUGUUGCCAUUCCAGAACUUGCCUGCAAACAGUGUGCCAAAAGAGUUCACCAUCAAAUCAGUGAUUUUGAAGAUCCCACCACAUUUGACUCUUCCAAUUCCCUAUUGUUCGAAACUCAGUUACUUGCUUGAGUUAGCCACUCCGGUGAAUGCAAGGAACAAUUUGAUCAAAGCCAAGGUCUACACAUUUUCCAAGUGGGAUAUUCGUGAGAUCCGUAACUCUUUUGAAGUCAAUGGUUUGAGUACUCUUGGCGACUCCUUAGGUAUCGAAGGCAAACAACGUUUCUACGAAUACUGGGGUGACUACAAGGUUAAAAAGGAUUAG